UUGGGUUUUAAAAUUAUUAUCUUUAACUGUAAUUGCUUAAAAGAAGCGUACAAGUUGUCUUGUUCUGUUAUUUUAUUUAUUCUAAAAUUUUAAUACGCUGUUGUGAAUGGUUUAAAAUAAUUAAGGGAUUCAUGUAUUCUUACUGUUAUCCCAAUUUGUUAUUUAAUCUUUCUAAUUUUGAUACAAGGUCUUCAUGCAUUAAAUGUCGUCUGACAGAAUAGAACGCAAACGCAGAUCUGAGUUUGUUACCAGUGAUAACAGUGCGGAUGAGCAUCCAGCUGCGAAAAUCAGAAGGGUGGACUCUGCAAUAAUUACAGGUCUAGGGAAAAAAGUUAGUGACGUUUGUAAAACUUUACUUAGUUGGAUAACUCCAGGAUUUCUGAAAAAUAUGGCUGUCCGAGUAUCUCGUCAAGCAAACUCAAGCUCCAUGAGAAUGGGAGCAGAAAAUAGUUUUAUGAAUCCUUAUCCUAUCGAAGUGGAUGAUGAUGAUGAAGAAGAAAUUGCAGUUAUUGGUGUACAAAAUGGAACUGGUGCACCUCCAAGAUCUGCAAAUUCAUUAAAAAUGAAUUUUCAUCCUAGGGGUUCUAGAUCAAGCAGCUCUUCCAUCUGCCCACUUGCAUAUACACAAGACACCUUUUCUCUUUCUUCUGAUAAUUGCUAUAGUAAUAGAAUAUCAAGGACUAUGGAACGUAGAAAAAUGAAUGGCUUUCCUUCAAGGAGAGAGGAUAAAAAUAUGCCCAGACAAAGUGAAAAAUGUGUUGCUCCUAUAACUAACCCACGCAGUGAAAUUGACAUUUUAUUAGGCGAUGACAUUAAAAAAGAUGAAGUAGAAAUUAUAAGUGAAGUUUAUCCUACAGUGCAUUCAUUUCAUCCUACUAGAAAGAUUAGGCUAUUAAGCGACUCUAAUGUCUCUGAAAAUGGCAGAACUAGGUAUAGAGAUGAUAGUUUUAGUAAUAGGCCAUGUUCCCCGUAUCUUUGGAAGUCUUAUACUGCUAAUGAGGUAUUUAGAUUGCAAGAAAAAGCUCAAUACAAACUUUUGCUCGAGAAAGUUGUAAAGCGACCCCCUCUUUAUCAACCAGCUUUUCAUAAAGAGAAUUCUCAGACAUCAACUAUCCAAGUAGACUUGACUGAAGAUGAUGAUGUAUCAAAUACACGUUGUCACUUUAAAAAAGAAAAAGUUGAAGAGAAUGUGAAAGACUUCUUAAGCAAGUACUACAAACCAUGUGCUCUUGUUCCUUACUUUGAUAAAAAGAAUUCUCAACUGAAUCACACUCAAAGUGUGUCUGAAAAAGAGUCAAGUGAUGAAGAGAUUCAAGUUAUUGAGUAUUCUGAACUUCCAAAAUGGAAACCUAGAAAAACUUCAAUGAAAUGUGCUGGCCUUUUCUCUGAUGCUUGGAUUGCAGACUUGAAAACUAGCAUGAUUGAAAAAACUGAAAAAACACUUCAGCAUGUAUAUGAAAAUGAGAAAAAAGUUCAUCGUUUUAAAGCAAGAAGAGAAGCUAAGACUGCUGAGGAAAUGCGAAGACGUGAAGAGCAGCGCUUGGCGGGUUUUAUAUUUCCUGAAGAUGUGGAUAUGGAAGUGGAAGUUCUUCCAGAAAUCACUCCGGAAAUGGAUGCUAUAAUUGAUAGGGCUUUUGCUCCAGCACCUUUGGAUGAAAAGCUUAGCAUUUUGGAAGUGCGGGAAACCCUUGAGAUUGCAAGGAAUGAUGUAGCUACGUUAGCUCAUCUAAACUGGUUGAAUGAUCAGGUGAUAAACUUUUAUUUGGGCUUAAUAGAAAGGAGAAGUAAAUUGGAUGGCUAUCCCACUGUAUUCUGCUUUAAUUCUUUCUUUUAUUCUAAACUGAAAAAAGAGGGUGCUAGUCGGCCACUUCUAAGAUGGACUAGAAAAACAGAUAUAUUUGCGAAUGAUCUCAUUAUUGUGCCUCUCCACUUAGAAAUGCAUUGGGCCUUAUUAGUUGUUGACCAGAGAUGUAAAAAGUUGAGUUAUUAUGAUAGCAUGGGUAAUGGUGAGGGAGCAUGUCUAAAAAUAGUUGAAGACUAUCUUAUAGCUGAAAUGAAAGAUAAAAAGAAAACUGCUAUGCAGCCAAAUACUUACAGUUAUGAAAUUGUGAAGGAUAUUCCAAAGCAAAUGAAUGGUAGUGACUGUGGCAUGUUCACUUUAAAAUAUGCUGAAUAUAUCUCUAGAGAUGCGCCUAUAACAUUUACACAAGAACAUAUGCCUUAUUUCAGGCGUAGAAUGGUGUAUGAACUGAUUGCCAAACAGAUACUGUGAACCAAAAUUCAAUGCUUAUAUUUAUGAAACGUUAAAAUAUAUUAUUGACUAAUAUGUUGCUUCUCCAUUGUACAUAGGAUCAGUCAUCAUUUUGAAAAACAGUUUACUUUUUGUAUUAACGACAUUUCAAAUUACAAAUCAUCAUUUAUUUGUCUUGCCUUUAUUUUAAAUUAACUGCAUUAUAUUUGUACAUUGUAAAUAUGAAAUCAGUUUCCUCUAAUAGUUUGUAAUGAAAAUUAAAUAAUGAUUCUAACAUU